AUGCCGCUGGCCUCUUAUGCUCCGCCCUUCUAGGCCACACUCCCCGCAGCAGGGCCGAGCGGAGUAAAAUGGCUGCCGCAGAGGCCGGGCCCGGACAGUAUCGGCGGCAGCGGCCGCGCCUCCUCCUCAUCUGUUAAAGUGGGCAGGUGGAAGGGCCUAGCUUCCCGGUGGAGCCGGGGACAUUUACUCUAGCAUGCAUCAAAAGGAUUGGAUUGAAGCUUGAAAAAGGGCUUUGCAGCUCCUGCAGACAUGGAAGAGGAGGAGAAUCGACGCCCCCCAGUAAGGGAGGAUCCGGCACGAGGUGGUGAGAAGCCAGCCAGUGAACCUUCUCUUGAUGCAGAUUGGGACCAAUCGGGUACCCUCUGUGCUGGCCAAGUUAUCAUUUUGAAAGCUUUGCAACAAGCUGUGGGCAGUGGCUUGGCAGGUGAACUGCACGAUCCAGCUAGUGAGAAAGAUGCUGAAUGCAAGCACCCAAGCCGAAGGAAAUGGUGCAAGAGCUCCAGAUCUGAAGGACUUGGAGGCAGUUGGCUAGGAAUUGGAGACCCUGCAGUGGCCUGUGAUAGGAAUGCCCCGAUGGGUGAGGUUCUUGAGGCUCCUUCUUCUGGUGUGAUGACUGGCUUGGCUGGAGUCUUGGACUACCUGGAAUGGACUUACCAUUUGCCACAGGGAGUAGAGAGCUCCAUAGGGCCUCAGGCGGUUUAUGGGGAUGAAGCAAUGGAAGAAGUGGAACUGGUGGCUGAGGUGCGGCUGGGGGAUGUGGGUGCCCUAUCAGGCAUCUUUAGAAGAAACCUAUCCUGGAGGAUGCAGAAGUCUGCCUGCCUUGGAUCAUUGACACCUUGCUGGAGAGGAAGCAGAGCCUGCCCAAUUGGCCACCAUUCCCUUUCACAACAGCCUUACCCUCUGGAUCCGCACAGAACUCUGCCUCUAAUGGACCUGGCUCCUUGGACUUCUGUUUUAGCCAAGAGUAAAGUUUCGCAGUCCCCUAAAGCAGACAGGACUUCUCCUUCACCUUGCUUGGGCAUGACUCUGGGUACUGGCAUGGGGGUAUCCAGCGGGGGGCAGCAGCGGCCGCGGAGUGCCACUGGCCGUGAAUCUGAAUCCCAGCAGCGUUCCCAGCCCCCUCCCACCAACUCCUUGGAUAAGGCCAAUUCCAGCGCCUCUUCAUCAUCAUCUUGUUCUUCAUCAUCAUCCUCAAUCUCCUGCCACCAGGGCCUCCCAGGCGACGGUGGUGGCAGCUCUUCAAACCCUUGCCCCCCAAUGCACUCCCCGGACUUAGAUAUUUAUGAUCCCUUCCACCCUACCGAUGAGGACAACCUCAAUGGCGAUUUUGGCUUUGGCGACUCUCCUCACAAAGAGGCAGAGGGUGGGCGACAUGACCAGAAAUAUGAUCCCUUUGACCCCACAGGCUCCAACCCCAGUUCCUCUGUUAGUACCCCUUCGCCUGAGGAGGAGGAUGAAGAUGACGAAGACGACGAUGAAGAAGAAGAAGACCGUGACCAACAUCCUCCGGACAUGUCCCACAGCAUCAGCCGCAUUUCAGAAACCUUGGCUGGAAUCUAUGACGAAAACAGCUUGAGCCAAGAUUUCCCUAGCUCAGACAAAGGACAAGAAGAUUCAGAACCAGAACCAGAGCCUGGCAGGGAUUAUGAAACUGAGGCAGCCUGCCCUGCCGAGGCCCCUGAGGGCAAAGAGCCUCCAGGUGCUGAUUCCACCCUGCCUGAGGAGCUUCCCCCAGAACAAGUAGAAUCCAAAGCUUCUGAACCUCGCCGCCGGGUAUUUGUGGUAGACCUGGCCCCCAAAGGACGCUUGGAUGCUGAAGCCAAGCCACAGCUGGAAGGGAAGGUGUCCCUCGAGGUGGUGACAGUUGGAAAUGCCAAGUUAAGGACUGGAGAGAAAGCAUCCAAAGGUAGUGGGCAUCACCGCGCUGGGCGCCGGUCAUCCAUGGAGUGGGAUGGGAGUGGUGGUGGUGACUCGGAAAUUGAGGAAGGUGAGAUUGUCCAGCCAGAAGAUGAGCGCUAUAGUCCCAUUCGACUUUUCCGGAGCAGAUGCCGGCUUGCUGAGCAGCGCACCCUGCGGGUGGUGGAAGGAGAUGACUUCCUGUCCCUUCAUGCAGACUCGGAUGACGAAGGAGCCUUACAGAUUGACUUUAGUGAGAGCCAACCUGACCCACGUUGGAAGGGUGUGGACUUGAGGAGGAAGAUCUUGACCCAACGCCGAGAACGAUAUCACCGAGCCCCCUCACCCCUGCCGCCACCGCCUCCUCCACCACCCCCUCCACCAGCCCCUAAACGCCCUGCCUCCAAAUCACACUCUGGUUCUAGCUCUGGUUCAUGUAAGAAAUCGAAAAGGGAGCGCAAAAGAUCACGAGAGCGUAAGGCUUCAAAAACCAAGGAAUCUUAUGCCUCUUCAUGGAACCCUAAAAAGAAAUCUAAAUCACGCUCAAAGUCCAAGGAACGUCGGCACUCACACCACAGGGCCUCACGGUCCCGCUCACAUCACCGAGCCUCCCGUUCCUGGUCACCCUCAAUCAGCACCAGCUUGUCUGCUGUUGGCUCCUCGCAUACCUCUGCUGAGCGACGCAAGAGCAGGAGAUCGAAGUCAAAAGAGAAGCGCCAUGGCCGUCGUUCUCGGUCGCGCAGCAGUAGUCACGCCCAUCGCAGUAGGCACAAAGACAAACAUCGGGGGGACGGUGGUAGGAAGAAGAAGAAACGCUCCCGGUCUCACUCACGUGAGAAGCAUCCCUCCCAUCGGGUAUCCAAGGACAAGGAACGAGAGGUCCACCUGCUGGAGGAACCCAAGUCCGAGAAGGCCUUGAUGGAGCGUCGCAGAGAUGCACGAACUGUGGUACCGCCAUCAAUCCAGGACCUCAAUGAUAACGACCUCUUCACCAUCAAGAGGACUAUCACAGUCAACCAGCAGGAGAAAAUGGAGGGCCUUUUGGAGACACCGGAGAGAGCUAAGCGGGAAGUGCUUUACGAUUCUGAAGGGUUGAGUUUUGAUGCUUGCUUCUCAGACCGUGACCCUGCUGAGGAAUCCAAAUCUGGUGGGGUGCGGCUAACGGCCAAGGAGGACACAGUCCCAUCCCGCAAGGAUAAGCGGCCUGAGGAGGACAUCAAACAGAAGAUGCCCAAGGAGAAAGAGCGCAAGAGGGCCUAUGUUGAGGACCGCCCUGGUGCCCGUGAGAAAUACAAAAAAAAGUUGAAGGAGGGACCUCCCUGUUCUGAACAACAAGAAUUGCCCAAGGUGGAAAAAAAGGCCCGGCCAGAUCGGGACAAGACAGGGAAAAAGAUUAAAACCGGAAGCCACAAGGAGAGUGGCAAGUUAGGCUCAGGCCGGAAGGUGAAGCUCCAGUCUAAGGUGGCUGUUUUGAUCCGUGAAGGGGUAAGCAGCACCACAUCAGUCAAGGAGGUGGGCUCCAUCGGUGUGAAGUUUAGCCGUGACAAGGAGAGCCGCUCACCUUUCCUCAAGUCAGAGGAGAAAGUGUUGAUGGUUGGGGCUUCUGCUGCCGGUCAAGGUGAGAUGGCUGACAUCAAGGAGCCAGGAUUCAAACCCAAGAAAGUCAAAGGGCUGAAGGCCAAGAUGGGUGUGAAGAAACUGAAGGGCAUCAAGCCAAAGGGUGCCUCAGAGCCCAAGAAGAAGAAGAAGCUCAAGGUGAAGACUGGGCUGAAGAAAUCCAAAGCUGACAGCUGCAGUCAAGGUACAAACAGCCCCCUGAGAGUCAAGGAGGAACCCUCAUGGUCUGGGUCAGAGAAAUCAGAGGGCACAGCCAAGCCACCCAGCCCUCAGCCCUUGGACCCUGGCCAGGAGCUCACACCCGAUUCCCAGACCGUGGACAGCAGCUGCAAGACGCCCGAUGUCUCCUUCCUUCCCGAAGACCCCCCAGCCGAGCAGCCCAGGGUGCCAGCAGAGGAGCCAGAAGCUGACAGCUUGUCUGAGACCAAAGAGGAACCACCGCUGCUGCAGCAGCCACAGCCGCCUCACCCUCCCCGCAGCUUGCCCCAGCCACCAGCUCCCGUGUCAUGGAACCUGCAGGGAGGGGUAGACUGCACCAGCGGAGUGUUGGCAUUGACUGCCUUGCUGUUCAAGAUGGAAGAGGCUAACCUUGCAAGCCGGGCAAAAGCUCAGGAGCUUAUUCAAGCAACCAAUCAGAUCCUGACCCACACCAAGCCCUCUGCCUCCUUGGGCCUCCCUCAGCCACCAGCACCGCCCGCCCAUCCACCUGCCUCACACCUGACUGUGCCGCCUGUCUCCUACCUGCUCCAGAGCUCCCUGCCUCUAGGAGGCUGUGGCUCAACCCCCCCAACCCCCACAGGAGUCUUGCCAGGGACUUUGAGCCAGGCGUCAUCCGGCCCUCCCUCGGCUGGCAUCUUUGCCUCUUCAUCUGGCACAGAUCUGGGCAGCACCAGCUCUGAAGGGCGUGGCGACAGUGACAAGUACCUGAAAAAGCUUCAUACACAAGAGCGGGCAGUGGAGGAAGUGAAACUGGCCAUCAAGCCCUAUUACCAGAAGAAGGAGAUCACCAAGGAAGAAUACAAGGACAUCUUGCGCAAAGCUGUCCACAAGAUCUGCCACAGCAAGAGUGGCGAGAUCAAUCCAGUCAAGGUGAACAACCUUGUGAAGGCCUAUGUCCAGCGAUACAAGUACUUUCGAAAACAUGGGCGCAAGAUGGAUGAGGAGCCAGGACCCAGGGAAAUAGGGGGGCUGGACAAGUCUGGCUUGCCCAUGCCCCCACUCUGAUUCUCCUCUGAUUGGAAAAUCAAAAAAUGGCCCUUCUUUAUGCAAAUAGGCUUGGCUGGCCCCCCAGCCCCCUUUCCUGUGUGGGGCAUGUGGAAGGGAGGGUUGGGGUGACCCGUUUUGUUUGGGAGGGGUGGCAUUUGGAGAGAGUGUGGUUCUUGUACAUCUGCUACCUGCCCCCCCCCAAACACUUUCAUGGUUUUAGCCACAAAUUGACUUGUGUUUUACCCUGUAAAUACUGAUGGGAGAGGAUGAGGCUAAUUUUUAGUUUCAUUACUCUCAGACUCCCAUGAUAAGACGGGUGGAUGUUACUCCUCCCCCCUCCCACUUAGUUUUUACUCAUUUAGCAUGUUUUUAAUUUGAUGGAUUUUAUUCUCACCCUCCCUGGCAGCCUUCCUGAAAGAGCAGUACCACGACUGGCCUAUAGAUGGCAGCUUCCUGCCAGGCCGAGCAGGUAGUGCACCCGUAUCUACUCCCAGUUGUAAGUUUGUCUGUCAUACUACUUCCCCACCCACCCCUUCCUCUUCAUAAAACUGCAUUUAGCCAUCUGAA